AUGCUCAAUUGCUCAAUCACAAUCCAUAAUGAUAACCGAGGACCCAAAUCUCCCUUUCAUAUUGAAAGUGCAAGACGAGAAGAUGGUCGAAACUCAGUCCUCAAUGAAGGGGGAGCUGCACUCUGCCAAGAAGGAAAACAUGCUUUGAGAAAAGUGCCACCAAAAAAAGGCGAGCAGAAGACGAUGGCCUCAAUGGUUCUAUCAAAAUAAUC